UCGAAAACUUCUGGUACCGAGAUGGCCGAACCAAACAAGACGAGUUCUAGACAAAAAUUUGUCGAUGCCUACAUAGCGCUGGUUAACAAGAUCAGCGUGGAGCGCUUCAACGAGUUCAAGCCAUUCUUUGCAAACGAAAAGGACCUGGCAUCUGCAGUACAAACCUUUCGCGAAGGAUUGCAGGAGGCACUGGUGGCGCAAGUAAACAAACUAUGGAACGAAACGGAUAUCGAUACGAACGUGGAGAUGCUGGAAAUGUUGAAAAGUAAGGCGGCUGGCAAUACGAAGAAAAUGUGGAGACCGACUGGCAAAACGGUUAGCGAGCAAGUGCGUCCGCUGGUUGUAAACAAGCUCAACAUGUCCUUAAAGUUUUACCACCAUCAACUAGCCUUCCAAAAGGAGCGUACUGAGGAAUUGAUUUAUAAGAUCGAAACGAUGCGUGCCAAGUACAAGGCUAUGCAGGAACGGCGGUCUAAUUUGCUGCACCAGAUUGCAAACGAACAGGACACUUUCGCAUCGGUCCGCACCCACCAGAGGCAGCUGGAUAACCUGGUGAAUGGAGACUUAGAGAUAUAAAGUCGCUCUGUGCUGUGCAGAUAGGCAUUGAUUAACCAGUAAGUCUAUUGUUGAUCAGGUAGGGUAAAUUUGUAACAAUUUUAUUAUUAUUAUUAUGUAAAAAACACAAUUAAACUAAAAAGUACAAAUAAUGUUACGGUAAAC